AUGCAUGAACUUCCUACCAUCCAUGGACUGGACCGCUCUGAAUGGCCGAGCACACGAUAUCCUUACCCCUCCAAAUACUGUCCCAUUUCCGCUGUCAAUAACACCAUCGAUCUCAAAUUUUCAUACACUGGUGUCGUCAAGAAUAAGUUGGUCUUGAUGGACCUACUCGAUGCCGCAUACUCUGACUUUGAUCGCAUACGGACAAUACUCCGUGAAGAGCAAGUGCAAGAUGUCCACCACAAAAUCGAGGAGCUCGUCCGUUCGUUGCAUUCGGCGGGCUAUGUGCAUGGAGACGUGCGCGAUUCAAAUAUUCUGGUCGCGCCGCGGGAGAAUGGCGAUAUGGAUGUCAGACUGGUCGAUUAUGAUUGGGCAGGAAUGGCUGGUGAAGCGCAAUACCCCCCGCUCAUCAACCGCAAAACUGUACGUCGCCCAGCAGGGGCUAUAUCUGGAAGUGCGAUAGUGAAGGAACACGACCUAGAGAUGAUUACUUUCAUGUUUCAGGAUCUCCUGCAGUAG